AUGAUUGUUGGAUACUUCCUGUUCAUCUUCCUCGUCGCCAUUGUCAGGGCCAGUAGUGUUGCUGAUCUGGUCGGGACUUGGACAACUAAGUCUCGCAAUGUUGUAACAGGCCCGGAUUUCUACGAUCCGAUCAACGACAUACUGCUCGAACCAAAUCUCACUGGCAUUUCAUAUUCAUUUACUGCAGAUGGAUACUAUGAAGAGGCGUACUACCGCGCCGUUGCCAAUCCCACAACGCCUUCGUGUCCUAAAGGUAUCAUGCAGUGGCAGCAUGGCACAUAUGCUGUGAUGCCAGAUGGAUCCAUCCAGCUAACUCCAAUCGCGGUCGACGGCCGCCAGCUGGUAUCAGAUCCAUGCUCAAAGGACGUGGGCAUGUACACAAGAUACAACCAGACCGAGACUUUUAGUUCAUUCACGGUCUCCACAGACUCAUACCAUCAUGCCAAACGUUUGGAUCUCGCUGCAUUCGACGAGACUCCAAUGCCCCCAAUGUAUCUUGUCUAUAAACCUCCUCAGCUUUUACCCACGACGACCUUAAACCCGGCCAGCUCAGAGACGGGGAAGAGCAAGCGCCAUAUUGCCCGAGAUAUAGGGUCCCCCGUGGGCGAGAACACUCUGAUGCGAAGCGAUCACAUCGUCAACCCGGACAGAUGGCUAUGGUUUGGUGCUGUGAUGACUGCUAUGGGCGGAAUUGCUUUGAUCUAUUCCUGA